AUUUGUACCAUCCCUGAGUUUGUGUUAUAUUUCUCAGUUAAACGAAAAAACAAAAAGUCUUGAUUAACUCGGAUUAAGUCGGUCUGUUCUCUUGCUGGUUAUAGGACGCUUAAAUUAAGAAAAACAAAAAACGAACAAACUGUAAUUAAUUGGUAUUGUAAUUAAGUGUAUUGCACAUUGUUAAGACAACAACAACAAAGUUAAUACUGCUUUAUAAUAAACCACUUUUAAAUAAAAGCCAUAACAAAUUAUAAACGAUAAAAGUACGUGAAAUUCCAAUAAGAAAAAUUAUGCUAAACAGCGCCAAUAAUAAUUUUGUGCAGCAUACCGUAAGCGUAUCAACAGAGGGAAAUAUGAACGGAUAUAAUCGAAAAUCGCCACAAAAACGGCGUUAUGACAUGCCAAAAUAUGCCGUUCCACCAAAAAAAAAAUCUGGAAAGGAACGUGUACCACAGCCGAAAAAUACAGUAGCGAUGCUAAAUGAACUGCGUCAUGGACUGAUAUACAAAUUAGAGUCACAGACUGGUCCGGUGCACGCACCGUUAUUCACGAUCUCCGUUGAGGUGGAUGGUCAGAAGUAUAUGGGGCAAGGUCGCAGUAAAAAGGUGGCACGAAUUGAGGCAGCUGCCACAGCGCUGCGCAGCUUUAUACAGUUCAAAGAUGGCGCUGUGUUAUCGCCCCUGAAGCCGGCAGGCAACUUGGACUUUACGAGUGACGAACAUCUUGAAAAUGGUAUUGAAAACGUGUCCAAUACUGAAUUGGUUGAACUGAUUCAGACGUUGAUGUUGCCUGAAAAGAAUUCCAACCCAAUUACCUCGCUUGAACAAUCCACGUUGCGUCCACAAAUCUUUUGCAUGAGCCACAAUGCUAAUAAAAAUGCAAUCGCUGUUGAUGGACAGAAAAAAGUGCCAGAUAAAGGACCUGUUAUGUUGCUAUACGAAUUAUUUAAUGACGUGAAUUUUGAAUGCAUGAAUAUCGAUGGCGCCCAAAACAACUGUCGCUUUAAAAUGACUGUAACCAUCAAUGACAAAAAAUUCGAUGGUACAGGUCCCUCCAAAAAACUGGCUAAAAAUGCAGCGGCUAAAGCCGCACUUGCAUCACUCUGCAAUAUCUCAUAUAGUCCGAUGAUGGCACCCCAAAAGAAUGCCCCGUUGCCCAUAGACGACAAAUCGUCGUCCAUGGAAUUGCCGCAGAUACAUGCGGAUACCAUCGGAAGAUUGGUCCUCGAGAAAUUCAUGGAAGUAAUUAAGGGGCAGGAGGCGUACUCACGUCGAAAGGUCCUUGCCGGCAUUGUUAUGACAGAGAACAUGAAUUUCUGUGAGGCCAAGGUCAUCUCGGUGUCAACGGGCACAAAGUGUGUCAGCGGUGAGCACAUGAGUGUAAAUGGCGCUGUUCUGAAUGAUUCACAUGCUGAAAUUGUAUCCAGGCGUUGUCUUCUAAAGUAUUUGUAUGCCCAACUUGACCAUCAGUGUAAUCAGGCAACAGCAUAUCAGUCGAUUUUCGUGAGGAAUACAGACGGGCAAUACCCCUAUAAACUAAAAUCCGGGGUACAUUUCCAUUUGUAUAUAAAUACAGCACCAUGUGGGGAUGCACGGAUAUUUAGUCCUCACGAAAACGACACUGGUGUUGAUAAGCAUCCAAAUAGAAAAGCACGCGGACAAUUGCGUACGAAAAUAGAAUCGGGCGAGGGAACCAUUCCGGUGAAGAGCAGCGAUGGCAUCCAGACCUGGGAUGGCGUAUUACAAGGGCAACGCUUGCUGACAAUGUCUUGUUCGGAUAAAAUAGCACGCUGGAAUAUUGUGGGUAUUCAGGGUUCGCUUUUGUCUUCCAUUAUAGAACCAGUAUAUCUGCAUUCCAUUGUGCUGGGCAGUCUGCUGCACCCGGAACAUAUGUAUCGGGCAGUUUGUGGACGUAUUGAGAAGUCUAUACAGGGUCUGCCACCUCCAUACCAUUUAAAUAAGCCACGUUUAGCAUUGGUUACAUCGGCGGAACCGCGUAAUCAGGCCAAAGCACCAAAUUUCGGGAUAAAUUGGACCAUUGGCGAUACUGAGCUAGAGGUGGUUAACUCACUGACCGGCCGUACCAUUGGUGGUCAAGUUUCAAGGAUUACAAAACAGGCGUUCUUUGAGAAAUUUGGAUUUUUAAUGAAAAAUUUGCCAGGUAUGCCCAGUCGCAAAGUGAAUAAGGAUUACGGGGAGACAAAGGCCGACGUUAAGGAUUAUCAGACGGCUAAACAGGAGCUGUUUUCAGCGUUCAAACGAGAGGAUCUCGGCAGCUGGCUGAAAAAACCCAUAGAGCAAGAUCAGUUUGGACUUGCCGAAUGACUGCAUUCAGCGAUACCGAUACCG